AUGUCAGGUGCGGCCAGUAAGCGGCGUCUGGACGCCCUCUCCCAGCAGCUCGUGCAGGGCAUUCCCUCAGAAGGCAAUUUUGAGAACAUACCUCGCAUCCGUCAUGUCGCACCACCAACGACGGGGAAACGUGUAGAGGGAAAGGUCGUCAUCGUCACAGGAGCAAACUCGCCCAUCGGUAUUGGGCGUGCCGCGGCACAUCAAUAUGCUGCGAAUGGUGCGAAGGCUGUGUAUAUCUGCGACGCAGCCUCGUCGUAUCUUGAGACACAUAAGAGGGAGAUGAAAGAGCUAUAUCCAGACGUAGAGGUCAUACCGACGGUAUUGGAUGUCAGCAAAGAGGACGCCGUCAAGGCUGUCUGCGAAGAUGCAGUGAAGCGAUUUGGUCGGUUAGACAUCAUGUUCGCGAACGCCGGUACAGUCACGUCCCUUCCCCAUCUGUACAGCUCCUAUGUGUAUGCAGAUAUACUGACACGAUCCACCCCACGCCCAGGCAUCCCCGGCACACCCACGACCUACGACCAAAUUUCCGCUGAAAGCUUCAUGAAAACCAUGUCCGUCAACGGCCUCGGCGUCUUCCUCUGCGCCAAACACGCCGCUCUCGCCAUGCAAAAGACCUCACCAUCGAAACCCUACCCAUCAGGCUCCAUUAUCGGCACCGCCUCUGUGGCAGGUCUGCGCUCCAACGCCGGCUCUACUGACUACUCGGCUUCCAAAGCCGCUGUCGUUAGUCUUGCUCAGACAAUGAGCUACCAGCUGACAGGCACCGGCGUGCGGGUCAAUGCGAUAUGUCCUGGCGUCAUCGAGACUGGAAUGACGUUGCCGAUGUAUGACCGGGCACGCGAGAGGGGCACGGAGGGGAAGGUUGGGCAGCUGAACCCGACACGUAGAGGUGCUGUGCCUGACGAGGUGGCGCAAGUGGCGCUCUUUCUGGGUAGUGAUGAGGCAAGCUAUGUUAACGGGCAGGCGUGGGCGGUUUGUGGUGGGUUGAGCGCGGGACAUCCGUUUGUGCCGGGCAAAUUGGCCUGA